GCUCGUGGCCUGCGGGAGGGCAAAGACGGGGUGGAGGCUGCUGUGGGCCCAGUCCCAGCGUUGCGUGUCGCAGGGUCCCCUACUCCCCCGCUGCCCUCGACCUCGACCCUGCGGCUGAGGAGGAGUAAGAGGCAAAAGGACUUGGCCGGGAAGGGGCGGCGACAGGAGGCCAGGCGAGGCUGUCGCAUCUCCUUUGCAGGGCCUUGUAAACAGUUGGCUUUGGCAGCACGACUGUGCCUGAGCAGAGCUCGGAGCUGCAGCCUGGGCACAGGGUCUCUUAUCCAUCCCUGCAAGUUCUGGGCUCAGAAUUUGUCACUAAGGCUGCUAACUCUACCUUGAUUCUGUUCUGCCCUCGGCUGCAGCAGCCUUUGAUAUAGUGUCCUUGUGACUCUAGCAUGAGACUUCAAGCAGUUGCCUCACUACUGGAGAAAUAAAGGAUAUUGCCAGAUUGACUCACCUGUCUGUAGCAAUGUUAGUCUCAAGCAAGAGGAUGAACAGCUCUUCACGUUCCCAAAUCCUUCUAAGGUGGAAGUCAGACAAGGCUCAGAGUGGACCCUACCAUGUUGAGAAGGAAAUCCUUACUUCGAGAUUCUUGCGUGACACUGAGACCUGUCGACAGAAUUUUAGGAAUUUUCCAUACCCAGACCUGGCUGGUCCUCGAAAGGCAUUGAGUCAACUCCGAGAGCUCUGCCUUAAGUGGCUGAGACCUGAGAUUCACUCAAAGGAACAAAUUUUGGAACUGCUGGUGCUGGAGCAAUUCCUGACCAUCCUGCCUGGUGAGGUUAGGACUUGGGUAAAGUCCCAAUAUCCAGAGAGCAGCGAGGAAGCAGUGACUCUGGUGGAGGAUUUGACUCAGAUUCUAGAAGAGGAAGCUCCUCAAAACUCUACCCUUUCCCAAGAUACCCCAGAGGAAGACCCCAGAGGAAAACAUGCUUUCCAGGCAGGGUGGCUAAAUGACUUGGUGACCAAAGAAUCAAUGACAUUCAAAGAUGUGGCUGUAGACAUCACCCAGGAGGACUGGGAGUUAAUGCGUCCUGUACAAAAGGAAUUAUACAAGACUGUGACGUUACAGAACUAUUGGAACAUGGUUUCUCUGGGACUUACAGUGUACAGACCAACUGUGAUUCCCAUAUUGGAAGAACCAUGGAUGGUGAUAAAAGAAAUUUUAGAAGGCCCUAGUCCAGAAUGGGAAACUAAAGCCCAAGCAGAGGAUAUGUCUAAACUCACAAAAGAAGAAACCAAGACCAUCAAAUUAGAAGACUCAUAUGACUAUGAUGACAGAUUAGGGAGGCGAGCCACAGGAGGCUUCUGGAAGAUUCCCACUAAUGAAAGAGGCUUCAGUUUGAAGUCAGUCCUUUCACAAGAAGAUGAUCCCACAGAAGAAUGUCUUAGUAAAUAUGAUAUAUAUAGAAAUAAUUUUGAAAAGCAUUCAAACCUAAUUGUACAGUUUGAUACCCAGUUAGAUAAUAAAACUCUGUAUAAUGAAGGCAGGGCAACCUUCAAUCAUGUCUCGUAUGGUAUUGUACAUAGGAAAAUACUUCCUGGAGAGAAGCCUUACAAGUGUAAUGUGUGUGGGAAAAAAUUUAGAAAAUAUCCAUCCCUCCUGAAACACCAAAGCACCCAUGCCAAAGAGAAAUCAUAUGAAUGUGAAGAAUGUGGGAAAGAGUUUAGGCAUAUCUCAUCCCUCAUUGCACAUCAGAGAAUGCACACUGGAGAAAAACCAUAUGAAUGCCACCAGUGUGGUAAAGCCUUCAGCCAGCGUGCACACCUUACUAUACAUCAGAGAAUUCAUACUGGAGAGAAACCUUAUAAGUGUGAUGACUGUGGAAAAGACUUUAGUCAGCGUGCACACCUUACCAUCCAUCAAAGAACGCAUACCGGAGAGAAACCAUAUAAAUGCUUGGAAUGUGGUAAAACCUUCAGUCAUAGUUCAUCACUGAUUAAUCAUCAGAGAGUUCAUACUGGAGAAAAACCUUAUAUAUGUAAUGAAUGUGGGAAGACUUUCAGUCAGAGUACACACCUCCUUCAGCAUCAAAAAAUACAUACUGGGAAGAAACCAUAUAAAUGCAAUGAAUGUUGGAAAGUGUUUAGUCAGAGUACUUAUCUUAUUCGACAUCAGAGAAUUCAUUCUGGAGAGAAAUGUUAUAAAUGUAAUGAAUGCGGAAAAGCCUUUGCUCACUCCUCAACCCUUAUUCAACAUCAAACCACCCAUACUGGAGAGAAAUCAUAUAUAUGUAAUAUAUGUGGGAAAGCCUUCAGCCAGAGUGCAAAUCUUACUCAACAUCAUAGAACACAUACUGGAGAGAAACCAUAUAAAUGCAGUGUGUGUGGGAAAGCAUUCAGCCAGAGUGUGCACCUUACUCAACAUCAGAGGAUUCAUAAUGGAGAAAAACCCUUUAAAUGCAAUAUAUGUGGGAAAGCAUAUAGACAAGGUGCAAAUCUUACUCAGCAUCAAAGGAUUCAUACUGGAGAGAAACCCUAUAAAUGUAAUGAAUGUGGGAAAGCUUUUAUUUAUUCCUCAUCACUCAAUCAACAUCAGAGAACUCAUACUGGAGAGAGACCCUAUAAAUGUAAUGAAUGUGAUAAGGAUUUUAGCCAGAGAACAUGCCUUAUUCAACACCAGAGAAUUCACACAGGAGAGAAACCCUAUGCAUGUCGUAUAUGUGGUAAAACCUUCACGCAGAGUACAAACCUCAUUCAGCAUCAACGUGUUCAUACAGGUGCCAAACAUCGUAAUUAAUGGAUAAGGGAAACUUCAUUUAGGUUUUACAACUUCAUUUCAAUAUUAUUUUGUGUGUUCUUUGUGUUAAAACAUUCAGAAGAAAUCCGAAGAAGUGCAAUAUGCUAGAUACCACUCAGCAAAAGUAUCAGAAUUAGUGGUAUGGAUAUAACCUAUUUAGAUUUAAUGUGAAAUUUAAGAAGAAAAUUUGACUUCUUAACCUUUAUUUGAUAUGAGUUUAAUUCAUUACAGAAAGAAACCCUGUGAAGGGUAUUCAAAAACAUAACUCAUCAACUCUUUAUUUCAAGUACAGUCAUCCCUCAGUAUACUCGGGGAAUUGGUUCCAGGACCACCCAUGUAUACCAAAAUCUACCCAUACUCAAGUUGCACAGUCAGCCUGGCGGAACCUGUGUAUAUGUAAAGCCCUACAUCUAUGCAGGUUUCCCAUCCCUGAAUAAUGUACUUUCAAACUCUGUUCAGUUGAACAAAAAAAAAUCCAGUAUAAGUGGAUCUGUACAGUUCAAACAUGUUGUUCAAGGGUCAACUGUACAUCUUAAUGAGGCCUUAUGAGUAUAACUUGGGAAAGUGUCCAUCAAGUAGAGAUUUCACACUAGAGAGUAAUCUUAAAAUUGCAGAAAAGAGAAAGCUGCUUUCAGGCCUUUUAUUUUUUCCCAGCUUUGAAGCCUUAAAAUAUGUAAAGGAUUCCCUCCUGUUUUACUUCCCCUUCUCCUGUUAUGCCAUAACUGCCAUAUGGAGCCAGUAGGUUUGAAAAAACAGUUGAAAGUAUCUUAAAGAUUUCUAUGUGAUCACUGUUUAGUUACACCUUCCCUCAGAUACUGAAAUAUUAAAGGGAGGCUUAAUGAAAGAUAUAGUAGAAACUAAUGUGUAUAUAAUAUUAGAUGUGUACAGAUUUAGUUAAACAGGCAAAAAUUAAAUGCCCCAAGUUUAAAUGAAUUUUUAAUACAUGUUAGCCUUGAAUUCACUAGGUUAUGAUGUUCAAGGUCAUCCUUAUGGAAAAAACUAGGCAUAAGGUAUACAGUUCCCAUUUUUUUCACCUGACUCCUAAAUUUAUAUGUUAGCUUUCUCUGUGACUGUUUUACUAUGGAAAGUUCAUUUCUUCCAUUGAAACACGUUUCUUGAGUAUCUACUAUGCUCAGGUCCCAAACUUCUUAAUUGGAUCCUUUCAAGGCUUGUUACAAUGCUGAAAAUCGCAGGUGAUUUACACAACAGAAAGAUUUCUAGAGUAAUCAGAAAGUGACGUGAUAUUUUGUCAUGGAAUGAGCAUAAGCAGCCUGCUAAAAUGGGUUGCUAAAUGGUACCUAGAUCCCAAGAGAAGGUAGUGGAAGUAAUGGUGCAGCUAAAUAAAUAAUGUGAGAAAAAAAUAAGUAACGGAAAGUAGAUUUGAGUUCACUGGAGAAUGUGGGCCAGAGAAGGUGAAAUUUUAAUGGAGUGAGGAAUAAUACAUAGAUAAUUGCUAUAACAUGAAAAAUAAUUGGACUUGCUUUGUCUGUGGAAUGAAAAUGGCUAAAUAAAAAAGAAUUCAGCCUGGUUAUAAACUAAAAACAAAAUGACUUAUUUUUAAGGAAUAAAUGGAAGCCUGACACUCCUUCAUACAUACAAGAAAAAUAGAGAUUACUCUUAACAUGUGAGGAAAAAAAUUAAUUGUAAAAAGCACUGACACAGUAAUCAUUAAACAGUGAUAACUGGGUGAGUUCUAAACAUAGAAAGAAAACUGGCAGAAAUGCAAAUAGAAAUAGGUAAAAAAAAUACCAUUGCAUUUCAUAUUUAUAGCAUUCCACUACCAGAAUAUAAGGCCAUAUUCUGAGAACUGAGAUUUCAUUGUGCUCGUAUUUGUUUUUCCAGUCCCUUGCAUAAUAGCACAUGGUCAAUACAUGGCUGAAUUAAUUAAUUAUUGAAUGAAUAAAUUAGAUAAAUUAUAUAAUUUAAUUUAUAAUUAAAUUAUAAUUAAUUAGAUAAAUUAGAUUUCAGUAAUAAAGCAGAAUUAACCAGCAUGAAGUGAAAAUUGGUAUAACUAAAAAUACUAUUGUGCAUAUAUCAAAGAAAUGUUCAACAAAUAACAUUUACUUGGGAACUGCUUAAAAAUAGUGAAUCUGAUUUCAUGGGGCAUCUACACAGGAGAUUUUCCCAAGCUAAAUGAGGGGAAAUUGAUAUCAAUUCUGAUACUAUAAAUACCAAUUUAAGCAUGUAUUAACCAUGCAACUUCCUUUGGACAUUACUGUUUAUAAAACUAUCCUACAAACAGGUACUGAAGGUUAGACCCGGGAUCCUAGCAUCCUAAAGGCUAUAUUGCUGAGUGUUUUCUUUAAGAAACUUGAUUUCCCUUUCUCUUACAUUAGUUAACCUUGAUUUCAUAGUAUUCUGCACAAAGUACAGGCUGCAGAAUACUCAAACUGUGCUUAUAUAGUUAUGUUUUUUUUUUUUAAAAAUAACAGUUUUUUAAAAUCUUAUUUUUUUUAUGCUGCUUCAUCCCUCACACAACACUUAUUUCUCUUGGUUGAGCAUGUGGCAUGUUAAAGUCCACAGCAUCUUUCUUUGUUUCACUGUAUAUUUCCUGCCUUGUAUGUUUUAUGUAAAUAAUGCAUUUAUAAAGUUUUCCACUGAUACACAGAGGCAAUUGAUGCCCUUAUAACAGAUUAGUAAUAUUGGAGAACCCUAGAUCUUUGUGUAUUUUUCCCACUUUUACAGUUGUCUGACCCACAAAUUAUUCAGCAGUUUUUAGCAAAUAGCCUUAUUUUUCAGAACUUUUUAUUAUGAGUUUUCAAAUAUACAGAAAGGUUUAAAAAUAAUAAAAUGAACUGCGUACCCACCUAGAUUUAAAAACCAACAUUUUGCCAUUUUUUUUAAAACAAACAUUGGAAAGUAACUUACAGACAUGACAUUUUCAUCGCUAAAUACUUAAGCAUGCAUCUCAUAAAAAUCAGGACAAUCUUUUACAGAACCACAAUACAAUUGCAUACCUUAGAAAAAGGACAGUAAUUCCCUAAUAUCUGAAGACCUAGUCUAUGUUUAGAUUUUCUUUGUUGAUCCAGUCAGUUUUCAAACAUAGUAUUUGAUUUUUAUGUCUGUUUCAUCUAUCUAGAACAGACCCCACUUUGGUUUUUCCUCUUUAAGAGAGCAGGUCAGUUGUCUUGAAGAAUGUCUCACAUUCAGGAUUUAACUGAUUAUUUACAUGUGGGUUGUUCCUGUACCCCUUGUAGUUUCCACAAAUUGGAAGUUAGGACAAAAGGCUUAAUUGGAUUCUUUAAACAUUUUAAUGAUAACACCUGACAGAUGUAUUUCAUAGUGCAUCAUAUCAAAAGUCUCACUAAUACCAGGUUGACUCACUAUCAAUGGAUCACUCAGUUGAGGUGGUAACCACCGUAUCUUCCCAAUAUAAAGGUAGUUUUUCCUAUUGCAAUUAACAAUUUGUGGAAUGGCACUGGCAGUAUAUAGAUAUUUUGGUUGCCAACAACUUCUUACCUGGUGAAAUGUAACCAACGGUGAUCCUUGCCUGAAUCCAUUGUUUUAUCAGUGUUUGCAAAAUGACAGUUUUAUAAUUUUAUUUUACAUUUGUUGAGUAGCAUUCUUGUAUAGCCUUCCCUCAUCAACUAGGAAUGCACUAGAGGCAGAGUAAGGCUCAGUUAUUUUCCCUUAAUUACCAGUGUUGGAGUUUAAUUACCAGUAAAGAAUUUGGUGCUCUCAUCUGCAGUGAUAACAGAUGAUUCAAUGUGUUAACAGUCAUUUAUGCUCAUUGUUUCUGAUGUUCAGAUUGUCCCAAAUUUGGCCAGGUGCAGCCCUUAAAGUAGCUCUUAAUAUCCUUUUGACAUUCACCGUCUACUCUUUUAUUGCCUUCCAACACAAGGUAUAGCACCUAAAUUGGAGAGAACACUUCCAUGUUAUGCAUGCUAGAAAGCAACAAAUUAGCUCCAAAAGGCCUGUGACAAGGCCAUCAGGAAAUUUACAAGGGAAUAGAGCUUAUCAGUUAAUCUGCCAAGUGGGUUAAGUAGAGGGCAAUUGAGAGCAACUAGAUGUAUACCUAAUCUAUUACAUGUCUUGAUAAAAUUAUGGUAUUUAUAAGCUAAUAGCCCUCCUUUCCCAUCACAUCUCUUAAGAUCUAAAUAUUAAUCUUAAGGAUCUGUUUCAUGCAAAUCUAAGUACUAGUUUUUCUUGCUAAACCUUUAUUUGGUCUCUAAAACUUUAAGGCUGUUCUGUUUCAUUCUUUGUCUUGUGGUGUCAGUUCAUUUGCAUGUGCCGGUAAAUGUAUUCUUACUCCUCUAUUUCUGUUAUUCUCCCCGUGGCUCUAUAUUUCAUCAUAAUUAGUAGCCCCUUAAAACACUAUAAUCAUUAAAAAUGGCAAGCAUGUGCACUACAGUGAUAUGUACAAAUGUAUGUGUAAGUGUGUAAGCAGCAUCAGGCCCUGCACUCUGUAUGAAUGGGAAAGUGAACCGCAUGAUGCUGAAGUAUCUUGCUUGAGGUCAUAUGUCAUAUAAUGACAGAAUAAGGAUUGGAACUGCAUAGCUCCAGCACCUAGUUGAGUUCUCCUUGUAAAAUAAUGUUAAAUGGAAAUUCUGAGUACAAACGGUAUGUACCUACAAUUUUAUAAAACUAUGUAUUUUUAUGAGAUUAGAGCACCAAAAAUUUUUUAAAACUGUUUUUGUCUUUUUUCCCAUACAGUUUCUUUCUUUUUCAUUUGUUUGUUUUAGGAAGCAGAGAGUUUAAAAGGCAAUCAGGGGCAAGAAGGAAGGGAAAAGGAAGAAAGAAGAAGCUCCCCUGUACAGAGACAGAGGGAGGGGGUCUCCAAAGCUGAAAGAGGAGGUCCCCACCUGCCACAGAAACCAGCCAGGUAUAUAUGCAGAAGCUAGAGGUGUUUGAUUUACAUAGGGUUCGGGGGAUUGAUUUGACCAGGCUUGUCAUUCACAUAGCGUGAGAAAGAGCUGGCCCACUCACCCUAGUCUUUUAAUAUGCAAAUGCAGAGUACCAUGAUGUUCUACACACGUGGGGAUAUAUGGGGGUGGCCAUGUUGCCAGGAACAUAUGUGGCAAGGGCAAGAAGGUGGGAACCACAGUGUUGGGUGGACCCAGUUUCUAAUGGCCAACAUUUGCAUAUCAAAGGUUGCUGGCCUAAGAGCUGGGGCUUUACAAGAAACUUUUCUGGAAAUGCUUUAAAAAAUGAAAACUUCCUAAGAACCACCUUUUCUCUCUGAUUUCUUACUAACUCCUACCACAUUCCUCCCUUUGGUGAUACAACACUAACUUGCUGUUAAGUGGUUUUGGGCAAUGACUCUUUUUGACUACUUCCUGCUGAAAAAGGGCAUCGAAUGGAGAACAGCAGCUAGGACACCUUCUGAGGUCAACUUAAGUGUCCUUGGAAGAAUGGCAUGUCCAUGUGUGGUUCAGUUUGCAUCACCAUUAGGAGUUUGAUUGCUUCCAGGCAGAAGAAACAAUUAGAGUUAUAGUAUUGAGUAUACAGGGUUCAAAUGUCAAUACAAGAUAUAUAAGCAAGAGAGGGCUUAAUAAAGGGGCUAACCAAUUCCAUAAAGAAGACUAGAAUUCACUAAAGAGGGAUUGUAGCCACCCAGGGCUGAAGCUGACAUUUUCCCUGAGCCUGUUAAUAAUUUUGAUAUGAUUUUUAAGUACCUAUAGAUUUUUCUCUAUUUUACUAAAGGUGUUAAUCAUUACUAAACUCAAUAAAAAGUCCUAGCAGACUCAGUGAUAUUAAAACUUCCAUGCUUCCUUUUUGUCAGUAACUAUUAUCCCUGCUAUAAGGAUAAUAAUUAAGCAAAAUACAACAGCAAUGGAAACACUAUACAAUAUUUCAGUUAGAAGGUGCUACCAUGUAUAACCCUAUUGCAAAUAGUAGAGUGAAUAUAGCAGUUUCCACAAGUGUGUAGUAGAUAAUUUCCAUCUAAAAUUUUACUUGCCAAUAUACAGAGUUUUCCUUUGUUGGUCUAUGAAGCCUGUUUUUAUUUUCCCAACAAAGAAAGCUCUGGGUUAUGGGCAUCCUACUCACUUUCAUUACCUGGCAGAAUUUGCAGGAUAAUUGCCCAGAACUAGCAUAUUUAUUCAAAUUUUUACAUUACCCAUUCAUUUUCUUUCUUCCAAACUGGAGGAGAUUACCACUUGAUUCACAGAAAUAAGCAGAGUUAGUCUAAAAUGUAGGCAAAAACUUAAAUACAAUGAAUGAUACUAGGAUUUAAUGAGGAAUGUAUGAUAAGCUUUGGAGUAUAAAUUUUCUCUCCAUUCCUCGUUUUUGAUUAAAACAAAUUAUGAUAGGACCAUAUGUGUUGCUCAUAGAAUAAACAUUAGUCCUAUGCAUGGCCUGAUUAUUUGCAUAAAGUGCAGCAAGAGAGGGUAUUUCUACAUAGGCCUUUUGGAUUGGCUUUGAUGAAACUCUGUUGCACAAGGAAUCUCAGUUAAGACCUUUUAAAAUCCAGCUCAGCCAUGAAUUUGUAUCCUCAAAUACCUGUGAAUUGAGUGAUCCUCUCCUUUUGAGGUCCCGAGAUAAACUCCCAGACCUAUUAGAAAGUGGCAUUCUUUACUGACCACAGGUUAGGAACCCUGUGCAGGGACUGUGCAGACAAGGUAUGAGGCCAGUUCUCCCCAAGAGGCUUUUAUUGGCUCUCCAUGUCAAACUUGUUUCCCUUUUCAGUUAAAGCCUUGGUAAUAUAACCAGUUUUUCCAAUUGUGUCCUGUUGACAAAGAAAAAUGGAUUCUUACUGCACUGACACAAACAACUAUAUGGCCAUAAGUUAAGAGUACUUACAGACAGUCUUCAAAUUCUAGAGGAACCAGGCAGAGAAGAGUAAACAUGCUCCAAAUUUUGUUCACAGGAGUAUAUCUUACUCAAUUAUUAAAGGCCAUAAAAUAACUUUUAUUGACUGAAAAAGAAAAUAGGGAUCAGCAAUAUUCUAAGCAAAAGUUAAAACUUGUUAGAAACAAAUGCUUGUUUCUUGGUGCCGAAAAGAAGAACUGGCUCUCAAAGAAUUUUCUCAGCAAGGCAAUUUUACUUUCUGCAGAAAGGUUGCUUCUCAGAAGUCUGAUUCCCACAAGAGCACACACGAACAAAGGAAAGCAGGGGUUUUUAUUAUCUCUAACACAGCUUGUCCCUGUUACUAUGUCCUGCCUCCAUUGGCAGGAGUUGGACCACACAAUCUAAGCUAAACUUGGUUGGCUAACUUGAAAACUGCAAGAAUGCGGUUAUACUGGUGGGAAGGCAGGAAGAUCAGUUUCAGCAGGAGUAGCCAUUGCAAUGGGAGAGUUAAUUCACAGAGCAGGUAGCAGAUGUGGAAUGUGGGCUCUAUGGAUAAGGACUGGCAGGAAGGUUGUUUACCAGGGCAGGGGGAACACAGAGAGUAAGAAAGUCUGGCCUUGAAAGCAGGGAACAAAGACGAGGAAACUUAAGCAAGCUAAAUCUUUGAAGAAGAAUUUCUUACUGUAUUCAACAAUCCCCCCUUUAAUUUUUUUAUACUGUUUCUUCUUCAAACCUUUCUGCAUAAUUUGGCUCUGUUGUUCUACUUGGUCUUCUAAAAGAAAAAGCUCGUUUUAAUAAAGAGGAGCAGGAUUGAGGGAGGUUUUGGUGAGAGCUGUUUCAAUAAGCUUUUGUAUUAGUCCUCAGGCACAGGGUAUGACACAACAUCCUACAAGAAUAAGCAACCCUAUUCCAAUGGCAAGAGAGAUGAGGAUUGAGGACAUAAGUCCCUUCCAUUUGCCAAGCCAAUUUCUUAUUAAAUGUGUGAAGGGGUUGUUUAGUCCAGAAUUUUUGUCUAGCUCGUUUGAUAAGGCAGUAAGACCUUGUAGUGCCUUUGUUAUGGUCUUGCUGUGAGUGGUAUUAUCAGGGAUAAAAGCACAACAUUGGGUUCCAAUCAUAACACAAACUCCACGCUCUUUCAUUAGUAUCAUGUCUAAUGCUAUUCUAUUUUCCUAGGCCAUUUGACCAUGGGUCCUGAUUGUUCAGCUGUCGCUUAAUUGUUCAGCAUCUCUAGUAUAAUUAACAAAUCGUUGUUGAUUGUAAUAAAUGUAGUUUAUCCAAUUCACAUUCUUAUUUAUAGUUGACCACCAGAAGAACAUAGAUUCAAAUCCUGCAGUUAUCUGAUUCUGGGCCUUAAAUUCAUCUGACACUCCUCAUGGGACCCCAAUGACAUCUAUAUAAAUAUGACAGUGAAAGGACCCAUGAGGCACCUCUCUUUUCCUACAAUGUUUGGUUUCUAUCUUUUCUGAUUGAUGAAAUGCCAGGGUGAAAGGGAUGGCCAAUUGAAUUAGAGCACAAGUUCUGCUCCAGUUGUGGACACACUGGACACACUUAGAAGAGUGUCCAGUAAUGGUCCACCACACUACCAUUAUAUGUCCACUCAAGGAUGACUAAGGGCAGACUGAUGGGUAAGCUCUUGGAAGGACUUAAGCUCAGUGCAUCCCAUUAAGCCUCUGAGGAACGCCAAGUUUUCUCCCUGUUGUGAGAGACACGAAGUAAAAUUAGCAUUGGGAGACAGAAGCUGGAUGGCCCUCAGGGGCUGACCCACAGAAUGUUGAACUUCAGGAAACAGCAGAGAAAGCGCUUGGCAUGAUUUGUCACCCCAGGCUGAGGGAUCUUGGAAGAGAGCAACCAUGUAGCUCAUGCCCAGUCAGUUGGAAGACCAUCUGAGUGGAAAGGGAACAAUCUGGGCCCUUGGUCUACUGUACACACAAGUGUAACAUUCACUUUUGUUUAAAGUGCGGAUGGAAUAUUUAAUCCAUUUCAGCCAAGCAUUUGCAUCUUGAUAUCCUGUCUCUAGAGCUAUAGUUUGCUUUAAAUCUUUUACCUCCACAAUCACUACUUUGGUUGGGUUGUUCUGGAGAUGGGAGGAGGAUGAUGGGCUUGCUAUACCUGGGGAGAGCAUUGGGUUUCACAUGUCUCUUGGACUCUGAGUCUGGAUUUUUUUAUUAUUGCUAACCAAUGGUUCAGCUAACCUUAGGGAGAAGAUUCCUAUGGGAUCCUGUCCUGUAACAUCUGCUCCUAGCCCAUACCAUUUGAAUACAGAGGGUUCCUGGGCCAUUGUUUGGGGAUUAUAUAUAAUCAGCAAUAAGGAGUUACACUGCAAUGGCUUACAAUUUGGUGGGUGGGACCAUGAAUUAGUUGGAGUUUUUGUUUUAGUCCCUGUAAUUUAUUUGAAAAAGGAGGCCUGGCUGUCCACUCUUUAUACUGAGUGGUCCACCAAACAUCCGCCCAGUCACCACAGGGACUUUUUAAGACUCCAUACUUAUAGUUGGUUGACCCUUUAUGGUAUGGACAUAGAUACUUAUCUAUAUGUGAUAGCUUCCUAUGAGCUUGCUUGUCUCCACACGAGAUGACUAAACAAGCAUCGAACUGAAGGAUCAAAGGAUGGUUAGCCCAAGUCACACUAAUGACAAGAUGACUUUCUGUUGGAAAUAAAAGAGAAAACUCAUUAUUAAGCUCUUUUUAGAGUUAAUUUGGUGGCGGUGAGCCCUGGAGUGACGGUCCAUGGUUCUGGAGGUGGCGGCGCUUUUCUGACUUGGAUGUGAUUAGUCCAUCCUCUUUCCGCUGUUUGGACUGCAGUCUCAGUAGUUAGGAGCACCAGGUAGGGUCCUUCCCAAGGUGGUUUGAGUUUCCCUUCCUUCCACCCUUUGAUGAGGACGUGGUCUCCAGACUGAUGCUGAUGUGCUGGAAACUCCAGGGGCAGUGCCUAUGCUAGGAGACCUUUAGUUUUAAGGGAAGAGAAGGUAGAGGAUAGACGAAGUAUACAAAUUUUGAGGAACUGAUCUUUUGUUUCAAAUGUAGGAAUGUCAGCAGUGGAGUGUAAAUAGAGCAAUCCAUGGAGCACCUCAUAAGGGGAAAGGCCAAUAUCUCUGAGGCAACAGUGCAGAUUCUUAACAAAGCAAUAGGAAGACAUUUAGUCCAUGGCAAUUGAGUUUCUAAAACUCAUUUACUUAAAUAGCUUUUUAGAGUCUGAUUCAUCCUUUCUAUUCUUCCUGAGGAGAAUGGAUGCCAAGGGAUAUGGUAUUCCUGUUUUAUCUCUGGUACCUGGGCUAACUUUUUAAUGACAUGUGCAGUGAAAUGGGUUCCAUUAUCAGAAUCAAUGUUUUCCAUUAAUCCAAAUCUGGGUAUGAUGUUUUCAAUUAAUGCCUUAAUUACAUUACUGGCAGUUGCACUUGAGAAUGGGAUAGCCUCUACCCAGUGGGUAAAGUGAUCUAUUAUUACUGAUAAGUAUUUUAAAUGACCAGUUGGGGGCAUUUCAGUAUAAUUAAUCUGAACACUGAAAUGUUCCUUGUCCUCGAUCCCUUCCUCCAAGAGGCAGUUUUCUUAGAAUCUGCUUAUUAGUCCUUUUACAUAUUAAGUAACUAUCUAACUUGUUUAGGGUGUAAGUUCCUAUACACCAUAGACCCUGAGAACUGCAUCGCUCAUGGCUUGGGAUCCCCAAUGUGUACCCUAAUAUAGCUGAGACAAGAUCUCUCACAUAAGGUGCUUGGAUAACAUUUCUCUUUGGUCUAGUAACAGUCAUUUUCCUUCUGAGUCUUCUCUGGCUCCUAUCUUUAAUUUUUCUUCUUCAAUGGAAGAGAAAAUGGAGAUUGAAGUAGGGGAAGGAAGACAAGGAGUUAAGUGAAACAUAGACGUUUCAGAGGAAACAGAAGCUUGCUUGGCUAUCUGGUCUGCUACGUUAUUUCCUCAACUUUCAGAAGAAAGGCUUUUCUGGUGUCCAGAGACAUGGACAAUAGCUAUUUCUUCUGGCAACAGAAGAUUAUCUAGUACUUGGAUGAUUAAUUCCUUAUGAACAAGGUCUUGACUUUUACUAUUAAUGAGACCUCAUUCAGUCCAAAUUUUUCCAGAUGUAUGAGCCACUCCAAAGGCAUACGUAGAAUCAGUAUAGAUGUUUCCUACCUGGUUCUGCAAAUAUUAUAAGGCUUGGCUUAGGGCAAACAACUCACAAAUUUGGGCAGACCAAUUAUUAGGCAAUUUUCCUGACUCUGUUUCUUCAAGAGUUUCUCCAUCAAUUACUGAAUACCCUUGUGUCUUUUUCCCUCAAUCACCUGGGAAGAAUCAUCUAUAAGUAUGUGCUGUCCUGUUUGGAAAGGGGCCUCUCCUAGAUCUGGCCUGAUUUUUGUUUACUAGUCAAUUAAAUCCAGACAUAGGUGUUCUCUUUUCAGAUUUGGGUUUCCUGUCAAGAAGCCUGUUGGGUUGAAGGAAUUAUCAGUAGUUAAAGUUAAAUCACCUUUUACUCAUAGAAUAGCCUCAUAUGUUAAGAUUCUGGAGUCAGUGAGCCACCUUCCUGCUUUUUUAUUUAAAAUAGCUCUAACUUGGUGGGAUGUGCUUACUGUUAAUCUCCCUCCAAAGGUUAAUUUUCUACUCUCUUAACUAAUACUGCUGUAGCUGCAACGGAUUGGAUGCACUGAGGCCAUCCACAGGCAACUGGGUCCAAAAUUUUUGACAGGAAGGCCAUGGGCUGCUGGAAGCCUCCAUGCUCUUGGGUAAGCACCCCUAAAGUCACCCCAUUAUUUGCACUGACAAAAAGGUGAAAUGGUUUUUCUAGGGAAGGUAAGGCUAAGGCAGGGGUAGUUAUAAGCCUUUCUUUUAGCUCUUUUACCUGAUCAACCUCUUCAGAAGUCCACAGGAGACAGUCAGGCUUUCCCUGGGCAAGUUUUUGAUAAAAAAAAGUUUACUGUUUAGUGCAUAUGAGUCAAUCCAUAAGCAGCUGUAUCCAACUAACCCUAAAAAUUUCCUGAGUUCCUGUUUAAGACAAGGGUAAGGACAUGAUUCCUUCAAUUUGUUCAGGCGCAUCCUUCACUUGCCUGAACUUAUUAAGUGACCUAAAUAUUUAACUUCAGGCUCCACAUACUGAAGCUUUCCCUUUAAAUUCCUGUAACCCCUUGAACUGCAGAUGGUUAAGACUAUGUGUAGAGAAGCCAGCUACUUUCUUCAUAUCCUUACCAGAUAUGAAAAUAUCGUCGACAUAUUGAAGCAGGCAUAAUUGUUUUGAAAUAGAAACGUUUUCCAGCACUUGCUCUAAAAUUUUACCAAAAAGGUUGGGUGAAUCCGUGAACUCUUGGGGCAAGGCUGUCCAUCAAUUUUGUUGUUUUUGCCCUGACUAGGGAUCCUCCCAUUCAAAGGCAAAUAUGUCUCACCUAUCUUCAGCCAGGGAACAUGCCCAAAAAGCAUACUUUAAAUCUAUUACAGUAAACCAUUGAUGAUUAUAUGAAAUUUUGCUGAGAAUGGUGUAAGGGUUGGUGACAAUGGGGUGAGUGGUCUGGACUAUUUGGUUAAUGGCCCCGAGGUCUUGCACCAGCCAGUAUGACCCAUUUGAUUUCUUGACAGGUAGUAUUGGGGUGUUAUAAGGAGACAUACAGCGUUCAAGAAGCCCGUCUUUAAUGAGACUUAUCCUGCCCUAUCCUGCUGUCUAAGGGAAUAGUAUUGCUUCCUCCUUGCUACUUCCCCAGGGGUUUUUAGCUUGACGUGGGUUGGGGGAAUUUGAAGCUUUCCCAAGUUCCCUUCCCUUGACCAGACAUUGAGAUGAAUGCAUUUGUCAUCCACAGUGGUAAGUUUAAUGAAGUAAGGAAUCCCAUUGGGCUGACUUGUAGGCCUAUUCCAAACUUUAAGUCUCUUCCUAAUAAAUUAGUUCCUGCUUCAGGGAUUAACAAAAAUUGAAUCUCGGUAUUUGACUUCUUUAUUUUCUAAGAUUCUUGCCUUAAAUCCUUUCUCUUUUACCCCAGAGACUACAAAUUCUUCUGAAGUGCAGGCAAUAUUAGAUGGGGGAAUACAGAGGAAUGGGCCACUCCUGAAUCAACUAAAAAGGUGAUAAUCUUAUGUGUAGGGCCCACUUCCAAAUUGAUCAAGGGCUCCUGUUGGGACUCAAGACAACAUAGACAGAACCCCUGACUUCCCUAUUCCUCUUCCAAGGUCAUGAGUGGAAGGGCUUCUCUCUCCUUUUCUAAUUAGGGACAUUCUCUUUUGAAGUGGCCCAUCCUUCCACGUUUGUAACACCUAUCUUGUCCUUCCCCUCUCUUGGUUCUGGGACUUUUUGGUCUUGCUUCUCUAUGCUUUAUAGGAGGCAUGGGGAAUGUAGGCUUGGGUCCUCUAAUUGAAGGUUUGGAUCCUCUAAAGAGUCUGGAAGGUUUGGAAUCCUUUAUAGUUUUUGUCUCCCUGGAAGCCUUGGUUAGAAGCCUAUGGGUUUGGAGCCACCUCCUGGAAAAUGGAUAACAUCAAUUUUGUCUUCUGGUUUUGCUUUUCCUCAUCCCUUCUCACAUACACAUUUUGAGCUUCUCUGAGUUCACUUAGAGGCCGGUUUUCCCAAUCUUCCAAUUUUUAUAACUUUUUUGAGAUGUCUGGCCAGCUCUUAACCACAAAAUGGACCUUUAACAUCUCUUGCCCAAGGGGAUCUUCUAAAUUCAGAUCUGCAUAUUGUCUCAUCUGCUUUUAGUCUGUCUAGGAAUCUCAUAGGUCACUCAUCUUUCUCCUGUUGUAUAUCAAAUGCUUUAGAGAGGUUUUGAGUUUGGGGUACAGAUUCCCUGAUUCCUUUUAUUAUCAUUUCCCUUAAGUCCUGCAUGUUUUCUGGGUGAAUUGCAUUGUUAUUGUCCCACCAGGGGUCUUGGGCAGGAAAUUUUUGGUCCACGGUAGUAAUGCUUUGACCAAGAGGAUGUUCACAUUCCCAAAUUGCCAUAAUAGCUCUAUAGAUCAUGUUUCUUUCCUCCCCUAAAAAGAGGAUGCCUAGGAUAGACAUUAGCUCGACCCAAGUGUAUGACUAAGGUCCUCAGAAUUGAUCAACUUAAUCUGCCACUCCACAGAGGUCAUCUAGCAGUGGCUUAAGUUCUUUCUUCAGACCUCAGACUUCUGAACUAGUCAAGGGAGUAUUACAAAACCAGUGAUGCCCCUUCCUUGUGGUACCUCCUUUAAAGGAAAGAGAGUUGAGGCUGACUCCUUAGGUGUGGAAGGAAAAGAGAAUUUCUGAAUGUUCUUUUUACACUGCUUUAUUUCACAUUGGAGCCCUUUUAAGGAAGGAUAUUUAGGUUGAAAAUGAACAGACUCUUGGGACGACUGCCCCUGAGAGUCAGGGUUGUAAGCAGGGGGAAUAUCAUGAGUAGGAGAAGAAUGUGGGACAGGAUCUGGGGCAGCAGUAGCUGCCUGAGGAAAGGAAUGGUUAGGAUUAGGGGCAGUAAGCAGAGGAAGACAGUCUAGGGGAUCCCGUGUGCUGGCUUUAGGUGUGGGAUUCAGCUUGUCUGACUUUUCAGUCUGAAAUGCUAGAUUGGGGUCUUCCCUAGUUGUCUUUAAGGGAAAGAGGAGGACAGGUCCCUGUCUCCAACAAAGUACAUAGUCUAGUUCUUCUUGAGAAAGCAGACUUUUAUCAUUAACAUAUUGGAUUAGAAGUUGACACAUUAUAUCCUCAGUCAACACAAACUUUGGUCAGAAGAUUGAAAGUUUGAGGAUGGGACCCUGGGUCCAAAUGAAACAGCAAUAUUUUAUCCUUUGCUCCUUCUUGUUAUGCUUAGUCCUCUCAUUAUCUUUCAAAUAAUUUAACAUGAAACUUAGGGAACUAUCAGAAGGUAUAUCCUUGUUGUUACUAUUUUUUUCCUUCUUAUUCUCUGUCUUGCUUGGGGUAUUUCCCAUAAUGGAUCUUAGCUAGGCUUAAUCCCUCAUAUUAGGGGUUUCUUGCCUACUGGAGGCUCGCUGUGGCUUAAUCCCUCAUAUUAGGGCUCUCUCUCUCUCUCUCUCUCUCUCUCUCUCUCUCUCUCUCUCUCUCUCUCUCUCUCUCUCUGGGCUUUCUGUGGCUCAAUCCCUUGUAUUAGGGAUUUCUUGCCUAUCUUCUAACUUCACCUGCUGGAGGCUCCUCGCACUCUUCUCCUUUCACUUUGUCCACUCUGGCUGCUUCCCUUGAGGGAAUAUUUCAGGUCCCUCUUAGCAUUGACAGGAUUGUAUAAACCCCAACAUCAGGAUCCUUUAGAGAAAGCCACCCUAAGUCAUAUGAGGUAACCACGGAACUGCGAUUGGGCUCACUCCACACAGCAGUAAUGCUUGUUACCAUUCAUGCACUUUCAGCCUCCAGAAUACCCUGACCAAUGCUUCACCACCCCCUCAGUUUUUCUUGCCUUGGUAUGUCCUGACCAAAGAAUACUUCACCGCUCCCUGUGGCUUUUCUUACCUGGGUCCUGACCACCAAGGAAAUACUUUACUGGCUCCCAUGGCUUUUCCUUCCUUGGUCUGUGCAUAGAGUUGCCUGGUCAUCGUGGUAUUCAUAGGCCUUUUUCUCCCAUGUUGCUGAGAGUUCAGGUUUAUUGGUCACACUGGGUGGGUUCUGAUUCCUUACCCCUGAGGCUGCUGUAACAAGGCAAUGGGGCACACAGCCUCACAGGAGAGGACUGGAACCCUGUUCCCCAGAGAAGAAUGGGAAUCCCAGACGAGUCCCCAAAUUUGUUAGAAAUAAAUGCUUGUUCCUCAGUGCUGAAAAGAACUGGUGCUCAGACAAAUAAUUUUCUCAGCAAGGCAACUUUACUUUCUGCAGAAAGGGUGCUUCUCAGAAGUCUGAUUGCCACAAGAGCACACACAAACAAAGGAAAGCAGGGUUUUUUAUUAUCUCUAACACAGCUUGUCCCUGUUACUGUGUCCUGCUUCCAUUGGCAGGAGUUGGACCACACAAUCUAAGCUACACUCAGUUGGCUAACUUGAAAAGUGAAGGAAUGUAGUUAUUCCAGUGGGAAGGCAGGAAGAUCAGUUUCAGUGGGAGUAGCUGCUGUGAUGGGAGGAGUAAUUCACAGAGUGGGUAGCAGAUGUGGAAUGUGGGCCCUAUUGAUAAGGACUGGAGGGAAGGUUGUUUACCAGGGCAGGGGGAACACAGAGAGUAAGGAAGUCCCUUAAAAACAGGGAACAAAGGAUAAGGAAACUUAAGCAAUCUAAACCUUUGAAGAAGAAUUUCUUACUGUAUUCAACAAAGCUUGCUUUAACUUUCUGAGUGCAGUCCAUUUAGUUGUCUUGUUUUGCUUGAUAUUUGUGAACAUGUUAGUUCAUUAUGAGUCCUGUACAUUCUUUCUUUAUUCCAAUGUUACAAUCUUUAAAGCUAUA